UCUUCCUGUAGGGGGAGUAAUCCAAUAAAGAGCAGAGGCUGUAUUGCCCCUCUGCCUCCGGGGCAGCUGCAGACACCAGGCAGCAGGACAGCAGGGAGAAACACUGCAGAACUCAGGUUUGGGGACACACACCCUGUGGUUGAACUCUUCUCUAAGGCAGGUUUGGGGAAACACACCCCGUGGUUGAACUCUUCUCUGAGGCAGGCUGUGUGUGUGUGUGUGUGUGUGUGUGUGUGUGUGUGUGUGAGACUGAAUGGUUUGGGUGUGUCAGUACUGGGAUGGUCAGAGGUAGAGGAGGGAGAGACAGCUGGCACCACGGCAACGUUGUCAGAUCCCGUGCCCAUCACUGGCACCAGGCGUGCAGCUGAAGACAUAAAAGAGGCACCAUUCAGCCAGCAGUAUGGCAGAGCGCUACGACUGUCACUACUGUAAGGAGUCCCUGUUCGGGAACAGGUAUGUUUUGCGGGAGGAGCACCCCUACUGUGUCAGGUGCUAUGAGAACCUCUACUCCAACACCUGCGAGAACUGCAAGAAGCCCAUUGGCUGUAGCAGCAGGGACCUGUCGUACAAGGACCGUCACUGGCAUGAAGGUUGCUUCCAGUGCUUCCACUGUGAGUGCUUGCUGGCGGACAAGCCCUUCUCCACCAGAGAUGAGCAGCUGCUGUGUACUGAGUGCUUCUCCAACCAGUACUCCUCCAAGUGCCAGGAGUGCAAGACAACCAUCAUGCCUGGCUCCAGGAAGCUGGAGCACCAGGGCAGCAGCUGGCACGAGACGUGCUUCACCUGCCGGCGGUGCCAGCAGCCCAUCGGCAGCAAGAGCUUCAUCCCCAAGGACGGUGGAAUCUUCUGCGUGCCCUGCUACCAGAAGCAGUUCGCCAUGCAGUGCGUCCACUGCAAAAAGCCAAUCGCCACUGGGGGCGUGACCUACCACGAUCAGCCAUGGCAUAAGGACUGCUUCCUGUGCACUGGCUGUAAGGAGCCGCUGUCUGGCCAGCGUUUCACCUCCUGUGACGACUUCCCAUACUGCCUGAGCUGUUUCUGUGGCCUCUACGCCAAGAAGUGUGCGUCCUGUACCAGUCCUAUCAGUGGCCUGGGUGGCAGUAAGUACGUCUCCUUUGAGGAGCGGCAGUGGCACAACGGCUGCUUCAACUGUAAGAAGUGCUCCGUGUCGCUGGUGGGCCGCGGCUUCCUGACUGAGAGGGAUGACAUCCUCUGUCCCGAGUGUGGCAAGGACGUCUGAGCGGACGAAAACAUCUGGUUAAACAUCUGGUUAAAAACAUCUGGCUAUUUACAUCUUACCCCAGAUUAUUUUUAGCCUAACCAAAGUUUCUUCAAAUAUUACAGUUAAAUAGUAAUGUCUUUGGCAGUUUUAUUCUUUAUUCCUUGUUCAGCUGUUUAUUUUAUCAUCAUCGCACCAGUAUAAAUUGAUAUACAAGGCUAGGACAGCAGCCAAACACAAAAAUGUUUUAUAAGAUGCGUGAAAGUUCAAAUACAGAUUUCCAAGAAGUGACAUAGAAAUUAACAAACAGUUGAGUACUAAAAAUUCCAGAGUUUCUGUAUGCAGUGUCUAUCAAUAAAAUAACCCCAAACAGCAA